AUUUUUUUCAAAACACUUGAAUGCAAUUCAUAAUUUGUAAAACAGACAGGUUAUUCUAUACACGUCGCCUUAUACAUGUAGAAGUACUCCUAGAUGUGUCAAAUAAUUUAAUUUGUACAUUAAGCUGUAACAGUAGUCAAACAACGUAUAUAAACAUUUCGUAAAGGAUAUGAAAUGAAAUCAUGAAUUAUUUCAGAGUCUGCAUAUUUAUUUGUUUAACCUGGAAAUCAGUAAACGGUCAUAUAUUAGUUAAAGGAUAUGGCUCGUCCAAAGUAAAUUCCAAAUUCGUAUUGGCAUGUUAUAUCUCCCCCUUUAGCAGUGGUGCCACAUGGAUUACUGAUAAUGCUUACUUUCCGACUAUAACAUGUACCAGUGGCGGAUUUUGUGACACAGUUUAUAGAGACAACUACAGGUUUUUCGGAAAUGUAUCUGGUAUUUAUGUGGUAAUUGAUCCAUUACAACAUAAAGAUAAUCAGAUGAAAUGGACGUGUUAUUUUGCUUCGGCUCGCACAUCUUAUACAAUUCAAAUAAAUUCAGAAUUAUCAUCCUCUAUAAUACAGGAAGAGUCAGUUUUAAAUGGCGGUCAAAUAGCUGGCAUCGCAAUUGGUUGUUUUUGCUUUGCUAUAUUAAUUAUAGUAAUAGCAAUUUUGUUUUGUACAUUAAGACAAAAGUCGAGGAGAGAUGGAUAUCAUCAAAACUCGAGACGGAGAAGGGACGCAUAUAAUUACAUAUAUCAUAUAUAAUAUUCGAUUGAAUAAAAAUGCAAACACGUCGAUGUGAUAUGCUACACAUGAUACAAUUUUCAUAGUUUAUCUUAACUUUAUUGUUUUUUUCUUCAUUUUGCAAUUGUUUUGGCUCAAAACAUAUAUAUAUAUAUAUACCUAUUUGAUAUGGAAUGUGGUUGAUUUUGUUUAGUCAAACAACAUAGAUUAUAAAAACAUCGACUCAAAAUAUGUAAUGGGAAAUGGAUAGUCAAGUGUUGUUACCAGUUGUACACACAGUCAGUAAAGUAUCAACUUCGUCUCAGUUCACAAUCAUUAUCCUGUUUGUUCUAACUAAAUUUCUCCACAUUAUUUAUGUAUUUCCCUUUGGUGUGCAUUUUUCAGAGUUAUUUAGAAACAACAAAUUCUUUUUAACAAUUUACACCUACACGUCACUAUUUAUUUCUUAUAUAAUAUAUUUGAAAUGUACCCAAAAACUCGUGUGAAAUGGAUUUAUUUUGGUAAAUUGUAACAUGCAAAUGUUUGCACCUGUCCAAAGUCAGGAAUCUGAUGUACAGUAGUUGUCGUUUGCUUAUGUAAUAUAUCGUCGCUGGGCUUCUAAAAUGUUAUAUAUGACAAAUUUUAAAAUAAAAAUCACACAAACAGGCUUUGAAAAUUUUGGCAAAAUACAUGUUUCCGAAAUGUCGUACGUGAACGUGAACAUUUUUGUAAAUAGCCGAGUGAAAUAAAAACUUUGACAUUUCUGGAUUAUCCAAGAACUUUAAUUAUUUUCACAGAAAUAAAGAAUAUACAAUUAUAUUUUAACCAAAAUCAUUCUACAACGAUUUUCAAGUUUUCAAACAACAUUUUGGAAGUAAACUUUAUAAACAACUGACAUUGGCAAUUUUGUAAUAUGUCUUAUUUUUCACAUUUUGAUUGUUCUAACUGUAUGCUACUUUGUAAUACCAAAGAUUUCCUCCCGCCCAGACCAUUGGUGUCAAAAAGUAUUUUUAGCCAAAAAAGUCAUAUACGACAUUUUAGAAGCCCAGCGACGAUAUACAUGUUUCUCGUUUCUCGUUUUUUUAUAUAGAUUAGACCGUUGGUUUUCCCGUUUGAAUGGUUUAACACUAGUAAUUAAGGGCCCUUUAUAGCUUGUUGUUCGAUGUGAGCCAAGGCUCCGUGUUGAAGGCUGUACUUUGACCUAUAAUUAUUAACUUAUUUUUUACAUUGUUAUUUGGAUGGAGAGUUGUCUCACUGGCACUCACACCACAUCUUCCUAUAUC